CAGGGCAGUCUGGUCCCUCAGAUGCUGUGAUGAUGCGGUGUGACAUGCACAUGGUGACUAUCCUAAUUCUGUCCUGAGUUCCUGCCAAAGUUGAGAGCAUGAGACACAUGGAUAUCAAUAUGAUAGACACCCAGUCGGUAAAGGCGCUAGUUUGGUGGCUCAAACCCACCUAAGAUUCGAAUCCACCACACAAUCUCGGGCGAUGUUCUCCAAAAAUUCAAAGGCUGGAAGGGCUAGCCAACCGAAGAGUAUCCCACAUGCUAAACAACCAUCUGCUGAAGAUAAGCAGUCCCAGGACGAUAAUGUGGUCCAGCUGCUGGGUGCCACUAUAUCAGCUAUCAACGCCACCAAAGACCUUGUGCCUAUCGAUCUGGUGAAAGGCAUCCUUGGAAUGAUUGUAAACAUUUUGACUGUUGCGCAGGCAGUGAUAAAGAACAAGUCCGAUUUCCAAGCGAUAGCUGACAAGUGCGAGACCAUCAGGGACAUCCUUGAACAAGCGACCAAGGGUGCUACCAAAGACGAUCUGAAAGGAUACUUGGGGCACUGCAUUAACUCAGCUCAACAAGUCAGUAGGCCGCAUCAAUAGCGAUAUAGAGUCGUCGAAGGAGCAAGGAUUUUGGCACAGGCUCCUCUCCAUUUCCAUCGAUCGCGACCGGAUUACCAAAUGGGAGAAAGAUCUGGAUCAAGCCCUCGUGCUAUUCAGAGUAUGUUU